CUUUCUCCUCCUCCCCUCGCCAAGACACAUCUGGAUUGCUGCUUGGACCUAGGCAGGGCGCCAAACACAUGAAAAUUUACCAAGGAUAAAGCUUCUCAAGAAUGCGAUGGAUUCCAGGGCAGCCUCCCCUGAGAAGCAGGAUAAAGACGAUUUAGUGGGCAUCAGCAAUAAACGGCUUGGCGUUUGUGGCUGGAUCCUGUUUUUCCUCUCUUUCCUGUUGAUGAUCAUUACCUUCCCCAUCUCCAUAUGGAUGUGCUUGAAGAUCAUUAAGGAGUAUGAACGUGCUGUUGUAUUCCGACUGGGACGCAUCCAAGCUGACAAAGCCAAACGGCCAGGUUUGGUCCUGGUCCUGCCCUGCGUAGAUGUAUUUGUCAAGGUUGAUCUCCGAACUGUGACCUGCAACAUUCCUCCGCAAGAGAUCCUCACCAGAGACUCCGUGACAACUCAGGUGGAUGGAGUCGUCUAUUACAGGAUCCACAGUGCUGUCUCGGCAGUGGCUAACGUCAGUGACGUCCACCAAGCCACGUUUCUGCUGGCUCAGACCACGCUGAGAAACGUCUUAGGGACACAGACUUUGUCCCAGAUCUUAGCUGGCCGAGAAGAGGUCGCCCAUAGCAUCCAGACCUUACUGGAUGAUGCCACGGAGCUGUGGGGGAUCCGGGUGGCCCGCGUGGAGAUCAAAGACGUCCGCAUUCCAGUGCAGCUGCAGAGGUCCAUGGCAGCCGAGGCCGAGGCCAGGCGGGAAGCCAGAGCUAGGGUCCUUGCAGCGGAAGGAGAAAUGAAUGCUUCGAAAUCUCUCAAGUCAGCCUCCAUGGUGCUGGCAGAGUCGCCCGUAGCUCUGCAGCUACGGUACCUGCAGACCUUGACCGCCGUAGCCACAGAGAAGAAUUCCACCAUUGUGUUUCCUCUGCCCAUGAAUAUACUCGAGGGCAUUGGUGGUGUUAGUUACAACAACCACAGGAAAGUUCCUAACACAGCCUGAGGUCUUC